AUGACGGCGGUGAACGUGGCAAACGAACAAGGCGAGACUGCUAGGUCCAAAGAGUCUGAGUCUGCGCCUGCGUCGGCUCCGGAGUAUCCAGAGGGAGGAGGUCGAGCGUGGCUGGUCGUGCUGGGCUGUUUCUGCGUCAUGUUCUAUACCUUUGGAUAUUUGAAUGCUUUUGGUGUGUACGAGACUUAUUAUCUUCGAGAGACGUUGCAUGAAUACACGCCGUCCACGAUCUCCUGGAUCGGGUCGCUGCAGGUGUUCUUCCAAUUUGCUGCAGGCAUCAUCGCGGGUCCGUUGACCGAUCUUUGGGGUCCGAGGGUCGUCCUCUGGCCCUUCUCCAUCAUCUACGUCGCCGCGGUCAUGCUCACCAGCAUAUGCAAGAAAUACUGGCACUUCAUCCUAGCGCAGGGCGUGCUCGGCGGUCUUGCCAACGGACUCGCAUACGCCCCCGCUGUGGCCGUGAUUGGACAAUACUUCCACAAGCGGCGGCCGCUGGCCAUGGGGAUCGCGUCGAGUGGCUCGUCCCUAGGGGGCGUCAUUUUCCCCGUGAUGCUCGACCGAAUCAUCUACCACACCUCGCUCGGCUUCGGCUGGGCCGUGCGCAUCGUCGGCUUCCUGGUGCUGGCGCUGUGCCUUACAGCAUGUUUGACCGUCAAGGCCCGACUGCCGCCCCGAAAAGGCCGCUAUCUCCUCGUCCAUGCCUUCAAACAUCCCGUGUACACGGUGCAAGUCGUGGGCAUGUUCUUCGUCUGGUGGGGCCUCUUUGUGCCCUUUUUCUUCCUGCCCGCAUACUCCGAGGCCCAAGGCAUGGGCUUGGACUUGGCCAUCUACACGCUUGCCAUCCUCAAUUCGGGUUCGCUCGUGGGUCGAGUGUCGUCGGGAUUCAUCGCGCCCUAUGUGGGCCGCUUCAAUCUUCUGGUGGGGGCAUGUUUCGCCAGUGGGAUUCUGGUCUUCUGUUGGCUUCGCAUCGUCUCGACGGCUGCAAUCUGCGUCUUUGCUGUCCUGUAUGGCAUCUCCUCUGGUGUCGUCGUUGCGUUGUUCACCACCACCGUUGCCGAGGUCUGUCCGCAUCCGACGGAAAUCGGCAGCUAUGUGGGCAUGGCGCUGGGUGUGUACGGCGUCGCCGGCCUGACUGGGACGCCGAUCACGGGAGCCAUGAUUGCACGAUAUAAGAGUUAUGAUCAGGCCAUUAUUUUCAGUGGUGCGGUGCUGGUUGGCGGAGCGUUUCUGACUCUUUGUGCGCGGUGCUUGUUCGCAAAGAACCGUGGCUGGCGCGUGUGA